AUGAUGCUUGGGAUGUUGCCCGAUGUUGGAGCGUCUGUUACCUUCUUCCUGAACGCCGACUAUCGCGAGUGUGUUCCUAUAAAGGUUCCUCUUACGGCCAAGCAGAUCACACGUAUAAAUCGUGAUGUCGCCUUCGCUCUCCGCCAUGGUAAUCGAAUGGCUUCUAAUCGUCGCAUCUCUAUUGCGCAAGAGAUUGAAGCAGAGCGCCAGCGGAAGCCCUCAGACCAAGACAAGAUUGCCUCCCUCCAAGCACCCAUCACUGAGAAGUGCGAUCGUACGUUUGCCAAGCAUGCCGCUGAGCCGGUGAACCACAUCAUCAAUAUUUCAUCAACUGCUUCUGCUUCUGCUUCUGCUGCUGCUGAGUCUCCUGGCAAGCCCUUAUAUGUUCAACGAGCCGCCAUUGCUAAGGCCGUUGUCCCCGCCCCGAAGCCUGAGGCCAAGGCCAACAAGUCUGCAUGGGACCAGUCUGCACCUCCUGCCGAGACCUGGGAUACCAAUGACACGCAAAUGGCUCAGAAGUCCACUGACGCUCAACAAGUUCUGGACCUUUUCGUUCAUAUCUAUGGCAUAAAGGACUUUACUAUUGCUAGAAUCGAUAAUCCAGCGAACAAGCCAGUCGCAGCCCCUAUUACCAAUUUUGAUAGCCUGGUACCAAAGUUCCUGUCUAAGGUUGAUCAGUCUGUUGACAUUAAGUCUACUCCUGCUACUGUAAAUGUAGCAUAG